AUGAGGAAAGGGAGAGGAAUGGGCAAAGGAAGAGGGAGGGGGGUAGAAGGAUGGGCAAAGGGAGAGGGAUGGGCAAAGGGGGACUGGAUGGGCAAAGGUAGAGGGAUUGGGAAAGAUAGAGGGAUGCGGAAAGAGAAAGGGAUGGGGAAAGGUAGAGGGAUGCGGGAAGAGAAAGGGAUGGAGAGUGGUAGAGGGAUGGAGAAAGGUAGAGGGAUGGAGAAAGAUUCAGGGAUAGAGAAAGAUAGAGUGAAGGGGAAAGGGGGAGGGAUGGAGAAAGGUAGAGGGAUGCGGAAAGGGAAUGGGAUUGUAAAAGGGAGAGUGAUGAGGAAAGAUAGAGGGAAGGAGAAAGGAGAGGGAUGA